AUGGCGCCACAAGAGCGGUGCGAAGCGCAUGCCGCGGCGCGCCUGGGCUGCCGCCUCUUUGCCGGGAAACGAAGGGAAAGGACAGUCUCGCCGCUUUCGACAGGGCCGCACAGCCUCGUUCGCGGCGACAUGCAUGUCGCAACACGGAGGAAGCCGGGGAGCCCGGCGACGCGCCGCACUCGGUCAGCUGCUUUCUCCGCAGCUCGCUGCGGUGUCUUGUUCUUUGUCUCGUGCUUCCUCUGCUCCCAUUUCUGUCUGCCUUCUUUGGAGGGCGGCGGCGUGUUUGCCUCGUCGCCUGCAGGUUUCGCUUCCUUCCCUGGCGUAUCGCCCGCUGCGGCGUCUGCCGACGCCUCGCCCCCGGUGAGCUUUCUUGGGGAAACAGCCAACACUCUGUCUCUCUUUGGAGGCGAAGAAGCGCCCUUGGGCGCAUCAGCUUGGGGCGGAUUUUUCUCCCGCGGGGGUGAGCACGGGGAAAAACCUGCAGACAACGUAGAAGAGAAGGACGAACUGGAGUUGCCGCUCCCCUCUGAGCUGAAGGAGACUGCGUCGUUCCUCGGCCUUCGCGCGAACGCCAACGGCGACGAAAAGCGAGAUCGGUGGUUUCCUCUCCCCGCCGACGACUCCCCCCAGGAGCCAGGGGCGACUACGGCCGCGACCCGCCAGGCAACCACUCGCCCGCAUCUCCGCCAAGCCCCCGCCGCACUGACGCUGCCCUUCUCCGCGAUCCAGGGUCCACGAAUUGAUUUUUCGGACAAAGUGCUCGCCGCCGCGCCUACGUCUGCCGCUAGCGCUCCGUCCGCCUCCGAGACCCGCGCCUCGCCUACCGGCGCCGCGCCCGCUUCGGGCCUGUCUCCGAGCCCGGAGGCGCGGGCCCAGCAGGGGGGCGAAGAGACACGCGCCGCGGUCAAGGUCAGCGUGCAGCCGCACGCGUCGCUGGUGCAGGUUCGCGAAGGCGCGAAAGGCAUCGGGACGAUCUUGGCAGGGGCUGGCCUCAACACGCUUCUCGGGGGCGUUAACCAGUACCAAAUGGGACCCUUUGCCCCCGCGACCCCCACGGCUCCAGGCGUGAUGCCCGGCGCGGCCGCGACGCCCCUGGCGGUCCCUGCGGCGCCGCCCGGGGGUCUGCCUCAAAUGGCUGCGCCUCCCACAGCACUUCCGGGCGCGGUGCCCAUGGUCGCCGCCGCGGCGACGCCGACAGACAGUGGUACCAACGUAGUUGCCAUCACGCUCGGCGUCAUCGGUGGGCUCGUCGCCCUCUGCCUCGUCGGCGGGUGCGUAUACACGGCUACGAGCAAAAAGAGGAAGCGAUGA